AUGGCCGCGCCCCCGUCAUCACCCCCCCUAUCCUACGGCGUGCUCCUCUACCCCGGCUUCGAGGUCCUCGACGUCGCCGGCCCCCUCGAGUGCCUCAACACGCUCGCCGACUGCCUGCCCAGCUCCAAGCUGACCCUCUCCAUCAUCGGGCGCCCCGUCGCCACGGACCGCCGCGUCCCCAUGCCCCUGUCGCCCGCCAACCCCAGCGAGGGGCCGCCCGCCGCCCAGCCCUCCAACAGCUUCACCUUCAAAGCGUCCCAGGUCUACCUCCCGACGCACACGUUCGACACGGCGCCCCCGCUCGACGUGCUCAUCCUCGGCGGCGGGCUCGGCAGCCUCCCGACGGACCAGGUCCAGCCCGAGAUGGCCUUUUUAAAAACCGUCUUCCCGUCGCUCAGGUACCUCUUCACCGUGUGCACGGGCUCCGGCAUCGCCGCCCGCGCAGGCCUGCUCGACGGCCUGCGCGCCACGUCCAACAAGGCCGUGUGGGAGCAGGUCGUCGCGUGCGGGCCCAGGACGCACUGGAUCGCGCGCGCGCGGUGGGUGGCCGCCGGCAAGGUGUGGACGACGUCGGGCGUCAGCGCGGGCGUCGACGGCAUGGUCUCGUUCCUGAGGCACGUGUACGAGGACGAGCACCCGGGCCUGGUGCAGAAGGUGGUUGAUUACAUGGAGUACAGGCAUGAGCCGGACCCGUCGAAUGAUCCGUUUGCCGACGUCUUUGGCGCACACGAUGUGCUGCCCAAGGCGUAG